AUGGCUCCAACGUUACAACAGUGCCUCGUCUGCUUUAAUCACUAUAGAAGCACUCCAGACGGAAAGUUAUGUCGGCACGGAGGUAAAGUGAAAGGACAGGAAUGCUCGGGGUCCCGGAAAAAAGUUGAUCCAUCGGGCGCGAGGGCUGCUUCACCUCUCGAUGCCACACCCGACCCCAAGCCUAGGUUGUCCACACGGUCGACGGCCGCAUCGGUUUCUGGUGAUCCUCUCGACCUGGAUUACUCUAGUGUUUUAGACAAGCUGACGGCCGUGCUGAAAUGUGUACCGGUGUACGACCAUAUCCCUAAGCCAUGCAGGGAGAAGUUCGCACAUGAUCUGAACGCCUUGCUGACGGCUGUUUGUAAUGACCCUGGUGACCCGGCUCACUGGGUUAGACUCCACUGUUUUGUCCCAUACGUCUUACAGAAGACUUCCAGAGGGGGUCGCCGGGUCAACCAGGGCAAUCUGGUCAACAAGCGUCUAAGCGAAUAUUCAACUAUUGGUCUUGAAACCCUGGUACUGUGCUUUGAUGGAUUCAAUAAUGCCAAAUCACAAAAGCACAACCCUGAUCGGUGGAUCAACGCUGUGUCAUCUUGUAUUGAACAGGGAACCUGUCCUCGGCUGCGGGUCUUCCCCGCAUUGACACCAACGGCUGGUUGCGUUUCUCCCGCCGAGGUGCUGAGGGCCGUUAAAUCGUUCAAAAACGGUUCUUCUGGAGGCCUGGAUGGCCUACGACCCCAGCACCUUAGAGAUGUUUUUGCAGGCCCCUUGCCAAUCGACAACACACUGAACUCCUUAACCCAAUUCAUUAAUUUGAUCCUAUCUGGAGCUUGCCCACUCUCAGUCCGCCGGUGCCAGAGUUGGUGCAUCAGAAUUGAGUUUUUAGGCACACCCUUGGGCGAGGGCGAUUAUCAAAUAAAGUUUUUUGACCAAAAGCUCUCUGAGCUUAAAUUCGCCCUGGGUCGUGUUUCCUGUCUUUCGGCCCAUGAUGCCUUGACUAUUAUCCGCAAUGCCCUCAGUUUGCCCAAAUUGAUGUACUUCCUGCGUACAUCCAAACACAUUGACCCUUUUAAAUUGGGCGAAUUUGACGGAGCCCUGCGCACCGCCCUGUCGUCGAUUUGCAAUGUUCAAGAACCAUCCGGCAUUUCUGCGCAUGAUGGUAGGCGCCCGAACGGAUGCACACUAAUACCUUGGAGAGCCGGCAGAUGUUUGGCGUGGGAUGUUACGGUCCUUGGCACCCUUGCCGAACGAUAUGUAAACCUGACAAGUAAAGAAUGCGGUUUGGCCGCGGCCAGGGCAGCGGACGAGAAAAUGAAAAAAUAUGGGAACGCCCUCCCCUCCAUAGAAUUCUUGCCAAUAUGUAUCAAGGUUCUCGGCCCGAUGGACCCCAACACCCUUAAAUUUCUUAAGGCAAUAUGUAAAAUGAUCAGCGUCAGAUCAGGCGACAGCAGGGAACUGUUUUUCGCAACUAACCACAUUUCGUGCUUGUUGCAGUGGUUCCAGCGUGUCUGUGUGCUUGAAAAUAUUCAACUGAAUGCCGACAUGUGCAAUUAA